AUGGAUGUUGAUUAUUCAACUGUUGCAGAUGCAGGUGCGGCCAACGGAGGCAUCGGGGCUCCGUCAGACGGCGGCCCCGGAAGUCGUCCCACGGCCCCGGAGGCCCCCAAAACCCGGGCAUGUGCCAAUUGUGCCCGGCUGAAGAUGAAGUGUCGAUGGCCUGAGUCUGGGUCCGGCCAGGGGGAGACCAAUUGCAUAAGAUGUAAUCGCAUGAAGAUCCCGUGCCAUGUGCCAGCGCCGAUUCAGCGGAAGAAGAGAGGCAAAUCAACGCGUGUGGCUCAGCUGGAGAAGAAGAUUGACGGCUUGGUGUCCAUGCUUGCAUCAGGCCAACACAUGCAGACAUCUGGAACGCCACCCUUGACUCCUGAAAGCAACGAUACAGGUGUGGUGAUAAUAAGUGAUGCGCCGAAAAUACAUCUGCAAAAGCCGUUGCAAAAUGCAGCGCUGCCAAAGCCAAUGACAAUUGCGCGUGAACCUCCCCCGAUCCCACUCACCAUUCCGUCUGAACCGGCAACUACGUUCCAGUUGAUCCCCGGUUUUAGCUUCUCGUUUGAGGAAGUGGUUUCUUAUUUCGACAUAUAUCGGCGGGAAUUUAUGCCCAACUACCCCUUUGUCAUUAUCCCGGAGAAUCUUGAUCCCCGCGCCUUGUAUGCGUCGUCGCGAUGUCUCUUCUGGACCAUCAUGGCGGCAGUAACGCCGCAAUCGUCGGCCACUCAGCAAGGUGUCGAGAACUGGUUUCGCCAGUAUAUCGCGGACCGUAUGGUUGUGAAGCAGGAGAGGAAUUUGGGAAUCUUGCAGGCUCUUCUCCUUCACCUGGCUUGGGGAGAUUUCCACUUCUACAUGAACACAGAAGCGACAAACUUUGUGCAUCUGGCUGUUGCCAUGGCUCUGGAUCUCAAGUUAGACAGGUCACCGGAGUCUACCAAGAUGCAUCCCAAAUCUUUGCUGGGAGAAGCCUGGGCAACGCUCAACAAGGGUGCAAUGAAGCCAAAGGUGCAUUCUGCGGAUGAGAAGCGCGCAGUUCUGGGACUUUACCACAUUACAUCUCUCAUUUCUGCCCUGUUUAAGCGAGGCAACCAAUUUCCUUGGAACAACUAUCUUUCACAGUGUUGCGAGUCGCUGGCUGAAUCUCACUUGGAAUCCGAUUUGUUCCUAAUCGCUUUGAUCAAAAUGCAGCGCGUCGCCGAUCGUGCCUACAGCUUGCUGCCUGGCUUUGACGUGGUUGACGUUGGACUCAGUGCCUACUUGUCGCCCAUGGAUAUGGUCAUUAACAAUGUCCGUCGGGAGUUGUAUGACCUGAUAAGCAUGCAGCCCGAGUGCGUCAAAGAGAGGCACAUCUUCAAAGCCUAUUAUCAAGUCACUCUAAUGCGCCUCGCCGAGCCGGCAAUCCCCACACAAUUCACCACGCCCGUUGAAAUGGGCACAUUGAACCCAGAGCCCCUGCAGCGCUUCGAUACCCUCUGGAAAUCCCUUCUCGCUGCCGUCGACUUCUUCGAAACACUCUGCUCUUUUCAUCCCAACGAGCUGCCCGGUCUUCCCACCUCAGUGACGGGACUUCUCGCCUUUGCAAUCGUCACCAGCUCUCGCUUGCUCCUAUUAGAUCCCUCAAUAGACUGGCAGCCCACAAUGGCCCGCAGAAAACUCGACUUUGCAGACACCAUGAAGCGUCUCAGCGACCGCUUCGAGGACGCAGACACAUGGGCCAAGGAAGCCGGCCGCAGACGCCGUCUUCUAGAUGGGGGCGGCGCCCAAUUUUGCAGACUCAGCUUCAAACUUCGGUGGAUUCGCCAGUGGUAUCUCUCGCGGAUUCCGCAGGAGCAACAGGUGAUGGCGGAGGCACAGCCACCUGGGGAUCCGCUGCCGGACCCGGACGCUGUGUUUUGGCAGGAGUACGAGUUUGAGGAUGCGCUUUGGCCGGAUUUUAUGACCAUGUGUAAUCCGAGUUUUGUAGCAGCUCCGGCAGCUGAGACAUGA